AUGAAAAGUAGAAAAUCAUUCACGUUGGAACAAGAUGUGGCUAUUUGCAAUGCUCGGUUAAAUAUCUUCCAUGAUCCAUUCAAUGUUGUUUCAAAACCGCAAUAUAAUUUCUGGGAUCAAAUAUACCAAAAUUAUGUUGAGUUAACUGGUGAUCAAAAUGUGCGAUCCCAAUGUUCAGUUCAGUCUAGGUGGAAAUCAAUCUUCGGGAGUUGCAAAAAUUUUCAUGAUUGUCUUGCUUGGGUAGAAGAUAAACAAAGUGGAUUGACAGAAUCUAACAAAGUUCUUCGAGCAAAUAUGUUGUACUUUGAGCAUGAGAAGAAACGUUUUGCAUUCAGUCAUUGUUGGGAAAUUUUGCAACAUAAGAUGAAAGAUUUGGCACCAGCUAAGAGUCCUAAUCCUCUUACUAAGGAUAGAGACCCCGACAUCCAUUCCUCAUUCUCCUCGCAUCCUCUGGACCCUAACACACUUAUUUCACCUGAAUCUGAUAAAGAUUCAUAUUAUAUAAUGGAAUCUCGAAAAAGCAAAAGGCCUACAAGAAGAAGAGCUGAAAAAGAAGCACACAGGAGGAGCAAGGUAGUCAAUACUUUGGAUUCUCGCAUUUGCGACUUGAUGGAGCAAUUUACAAAAUAA